AUGAGCUCGAGGGCUACGAGGACAUCGUCCAAGGGUCUCUAUGGCAAGAGCCAGACCCGCCUCAAGCCCCCGGUCGCCCGAAUCAAGGAGCGUGAUCGAAGUGAUGCCCAUCUAGUCGAGAAGAGUUCGCAAGAGACAUCACCAAGCUCAAGGCUCCGUGAAGGGCUCCCAUCUAUGAGGAGUGCCUUCAUGACCAUCAACAGCGACCUUAACUCCGAAGAGCCAAGUCAAGUCUCUGGAGCUAUCGCUGUUGGACCUACAUCUAGUCCACCUGACUCAAUGCUCCUCCAUGAAGUGAGUGUUACCAGUCCCCCCAUUCAAGGCAGACCCAAUGAGGGAUCUACCACACCUAUUGUGAACAUCGACCCUGCUCCACCAGCAAUAUGUUCUGAGAUCAGGCAUAAGCCUGACUCUAUCGAGGCCGAGCAUCUCAUGACUUCGCCAUUAAGACCGAUCCGAGCCCCUACGGAUGGCCCCACAGUGGGGAGCCCGAGGACGGCAGAAAGAUUGAUGAGUGACGAAUCUAUACCAUGUUCUGUGCCUAUUAUUGCGUGUUCUAACCAGUUUCAACCGUGUCAGUACGGGUAUUCAAUUAGUCACAUCUACCACGAGACCAAAGGUAAGACCGAUGAGCGAAAGCCUAGACAUGAUCUAGGGUUAGUAGCGCCCCUUCAGUGCCCCCGGUCGGCACGGUCUUGUGGCUCUGAACCCUCACACUGCCAAGGCGGUCCUUAUCAGGAUCUACCUUAUAGAUCCAAUCCGGUCCAUGACGCCUACAACGCUGGCGAUCAUACUGAGACUGGUGGCAGUGAUAAUGGUGGUGGCUACUUAACUGGUGGUGGUAAUGGUGGUGGUUAUCUAACUGGUAAUGGCGGUGGUUAUCUAACUGGUAAUGGUCAUGGUGGUGGUUACCUAACCUCUGAGGUUUGUGGCCAUCAAACUGGUGAUGGUACUGGUGGUCAUCAAUAUAACAAGACCAGUGGGCUUACUCAAGUCACCUUCGGUCAUAUCUCUAACCCUAGUGUUAUGAGUGCUAAUUAUCUAAGUAGACACGAUCUACACGGCAACGGUUGUUACGAUUGCCAGGGCCCCCAAGGGGGUUCCGGGAGAGUUGUUCAACGCUCUUCACCAAACUUCGGAGUCAAUGACCCCAACUAUGAUGUUCUACAUAGGCAUCAUCUAUAUGAGUCGGCAGCUAAUGCACCUACUGUCCAAGCUCAUUCUGAUAUCAUUGUAUCUAAUUUACAUCGCAAUCAACCUCAACAGUGGAGACUAUCCACUGAGGCUGGUGAUGUUUGCAAUGGUGCAUCUGGUGAUCCAGCGACUGUGCAAGGAUCAACCUUUAUGGAAUCACAGCAGAUUCCUCAUCGACGGCAACAUCGAUCUAUCAAGCGCGAUGGUCCCCUCGAUUCGAGCCCUGAGAGCUCACACGGAAAAGGCAGCUCUGCCACAUCUAGUCCGAGAAGUACUAUAGCUGGCCGUGGUGAGCGACUCAGGCGAUCAAAGAACAUCAAGCCUCGUACGUCAUCUAGAAGGUAUCGGUCGUCAUCAUCGUCAUCUAGUAGUGCUCGUGAAUCGUCAUAUUCGUCAAGCUCAUCUAGUGAUGAAGGUUCACGACACCGACACCGAUCUGACCGAGGUGGGAAAUUCUACGUUCCGGCGAAGCGAUCUAUUGCUGGGUACUACUCUAAGUGCCCGGGUUGCCAUAAGAAGCCUUGCAUAUCACGCAUUAUUGACAAGGACUUCGACUCAGCGGCAUCUAAUGCUGCUAAGGCCAAAUCCAAAUCUAUGUUCAUCGGUUAUGAUGACGAAAGAAGCGGCACUAUGUUCUGCCGUGAGAUCGACUUCGCUAUGGAGGGUCACAAUGCCGUCACCCGUUAUCUAUGGGCUAAGAAUAACAUCGAUGCCGGUCUAUGGCGUAAGCUAACUAAUGCGACCGAGCCACCGGCUAGAUGUCAUCAAAGCUAUGAGCAUCAUUUACGUCGACUUUGUCGUAAACUACGCAAAACUUUCGACACGGAUGAGGCUUUGUCUCGAGCCGAGUACAAAUUCAACACUUGUACCCAGCGAUCUAGCGAGACAUUAUUCCAGUUCAUAUCGAGGCUAGAAACUCUAGCUGACGAGCUGGUAUAUCUACGAGCUGGGCCGAGAGAGUCUACCCUCAAACGACGUCUGUAUGAUGGUCUAUCAUCCAACGAUCUGAAGGAGAAGGUCGAGACCAAGGUGGGCAACCACAAAAUAUCAUAUAAGAAAUUUGUGGAUCGACUGUCAGAGCAUGAGAGGAGGCGUCAGGGCCGACUCCAACGCUCAUCUACGGUCAACAAGCCCAGUGGUAGAUCGACAGGUCGUCUACAUGUCAUCGAGUGUGAAGACGAUCCUCAAGAAGAGACCUAUUGCCAUGCCGUUGGCAGCGAUGCCUUAUCUAUAAAGUGCUAUCGGUGCCUCCAGAGCGGUCACCCAGCUCGACUCUGUACUGAGCCCAAGGUGGUCGAUCUACAGAAGAGGUGCUCUAAGUGUGGCAAUCCAGAGCAUCAAGAGACAGACUGCAAGGUCCCAGUCAACAGGUUAUUCUGCCAACGUUGCCUGAAGAAGGGACAUCUAGCAUAUGUCUGUACUGCUCUUACACCAGCAGAUCAACCGAAGAAGGUGGGACCUAAGCCUAAGAAAGACUUCGGUAAGGGGAAAUCUAAAAAGAUUAACCCUCCUCAAACACCCCCAUCUAACUCUACGGUUAUCCCUUCUGGAGCUGGUGCGAACGUCAUCCAUGAGGAUAACGCCUAUGAUGGACUAUGCAUAGAGCCUGUAACAUCUAGCGAUGUCGACGUUCCUUUUCGAGCCAUGGCCUCUACUGUUCCGCCAGUAUCUAAUCGCUCAAACCAUAGAGUAUCUAUGGUGGUAGGUGACCUAUGUGUGUACGGAACCACUCGACCCGUACUCUUCGACACGGGCGCAGAUAUCAGCCUGAUUGCUCUAUCUACUCUGAAGAAACUCGCUCCCAACAAGAAGAUUACUAUCCCACCUAAGUCCUCUAUCGGAAGAGUCCAUGUUGCUAAUGGCGGGCAACUAGACAUCUUAGGUAAGGUCAGUCUACCCAUCGGGAAGGGCACCUACACUGUCACCGAUACCUUCUUGCUAGCAUCCGACCAUCUAAGCACACCUAUCAUUAUAGGCUGCUCCACGAUGGCCAAGCUACAUGCGGUUAUCUCCUUCAAACCGGAGGGAUCUAUCGAGGUGAAGAUCGGCCAUACAUCCACUACGACCCCACAAGUGGAGCCUUGUGAUCUAGUAUCCCCCAGAUCGGUGGAGUACAUACGCAAGGUAGGCAUCAUGAACGUCAUGGGCGGUCGAACGUCGAGAGACGAAGAUCUACUAUCGCUCUCCGCCAAAGGGACCCGAAAUCUAAGCCAGUCCUACGAUUUGAUCGAUACGCUCAAGGCAUAUAAAUCGCUGAACUCUGAGUGUGGUAUCUACCCUCAAAUCGACGACGGUAACCUCGACGACUCUCUAUGUGUAUCAGAAGAGACCGUGAGCUCUGGCGAAAGUCUACCUACCAUCAAUAGGGACGACCUACCACCUCAGCAAGCCAUCAUCCGAGAAUGGGUUGCAGAUAGCUCGGCCCCUCUAGGACGAGCUAGACCUCAAGUGCCGUGGAGAAGUCCAACAUCUAGGCCGCGAUAUAACUAUCAUAUGGCUAGGAAACGAGGAUUGGCAUCUAUUAAGGCCAUCACGGGUGAGCGGAUGGAAAUGUUCCAUCGGGCACUCGAUGGUUACAUAUCCAAGGGUUUCUGUGCUAUCGUCAAGGAUAAUCGCCUCGACCCAUCUAAGCCAGAAGCAUCUACGUGCCAAUCUGUCUGGGAGAAGCUGAGUAAGGGCACCCCUUAUCAAGGGUCACUCGCCCCUCUGCCAGAGCACUUCACAGCUAGUCAUCUAGUCUACCGAGACCAACAUCCAACUACGCCUUGCCGUAUAGUCUUAGACUAUAGAGAGGCAAAUCUAUACUCUCUAAGAGGCGGUUAUCCACAGAAUAGUCUACAUGGUACUCUACUCUUAUUGAGGUCAUCUAAGUACUUCGUUGCCGGUGAUUUGAGUAAAGCAUUCUGUAGAAUGCAAUCUAGCCGUGCAGACGUACCCUAUGUGGGGUAUACCUGUAUUGGACCUUUCACGGUCCUAUGGUCACGUGUUGGAUUUGGAACUAGGGCGGCACCUAAUAUGUUGGAUAGUGUUGUGGAUGAUACCAUCGACGAGAUCUACGACUUGAGUCAACUAGCGGCUGAAAUCGAUGGAGACACUUUCGAAGUCGCUGUGAAAAGUAUCGACCCAGGAAGGAUCAAGAGUGUAUUACUCUAUCCUUCGGAAGAAGGCUAUGACUAUCUAUGUGACGGUCCACCUAUACCGAGCCACGUGAAGAUGCUAAAGUUCGUUGAUGACAUCUACGCUUUAGGAUCUACAGUUGCUGAAGCUCAACGCAACUACCGAUUUGUAUCAUACCUACUCAAAGGGCAUGAUCUACCCGCUGAAGACCUGAAGAAGUUCGAGAACUGGAUCUGCAAAUCUGUAGCGGGUAUCGAGACACGUGGACAUCUAUUAGGGUACGACUAUCUACCGUCUAACGAUGGCCUCUAUCCCACGAUGUCUGCUAAGCCACCUGAGGGCCUUACAUAUAUGAGCAAGCGCUCAUCUAGUAGCAUCCUGGCUUCUCUCUAUGAUCCAUUGGGUCUAAUCAUAGAACAGGAUAUUCGAGCUAGAUCUCUAUGGCGGCGAAUCUGCCAGGAGAUCAAAGAGUGGGAUCAAAUGAUCCCCUAUCAGUUACAGCAGCAGGUUGUUAGAUGGGCCUCCGAAACUACCCAAGUAUGUAAAACUAUAUCUACGUCAAGGUUUACUCCCUAUGAUGCAGAGCUGAUCCUCAGCACAGAUGCAUCUAAGGAUGCUUGGGGCGCCGAUCUACGAUUAAAAUCGAGACCUGACGUGCGUCUGGCAGCUAAAGGAGCUUUAUAUACAAACUCCACUCUAUCGUGGUCCAUCCCUAGGAAAGAGCUAGAUGCCCUUUAUCGAGGUUUGCUCUGGACCCGGGCAUUAUCGGUAUAUCUACCGAUCAAGAGCAUUUAUGGGGAGAACCAAGCCCCAUUGAGUAAGCUCAGCCCGGAGGUACCUAUCUAUCGACUGGUUGUGGCGAUCGACUCGGAGCUCACAGUAUAUCGGCUAAGGAGACCAUCGAACGAUACUCGACUUCCAGCACCUGAAAAAAGGCGGCUUCAAGCUAUACGUAAUCUAUGCGUUCAGCUCGAUGCCACGGUGCGACAUAUACCUUCUGGAUGCAAUCCAGCGGAUUCUGUAUCUCGAUAUGCAAUGGGGAGAGACUUCGAUGGCCACAAACUUAGUGAAGCUAUCGAUUCCGCUAGCGUGAUCUACGACUACCGAGAGGACACUUCUAGUGACGAAGGUUGCCAGUUCGAUAAGGACAUCUACUGUCAUGUCGCAUCAUGUAUCCACGAUCCUGAGCGGGAUCUGCUAUUCUCACCUAUCCCCUCCGUGACCGCGGGGUGCUGCGCUACGCUUGCACCGCCUACAACCGCUAACGCGGGGUGCUACGCUACGCUUGCACCGCCUACAACCGCUAACGCGGGGUGCUACGCUACGCUCGCACCAAACAACCUAUUACCCUGGGUCUACUCGGGCUCUUACACGAUCCUUAUCGGUAAGGACGAGGAAUCUACUUGA